UAUAUGUCCAGUUCCUAGUCUCGCCAUUGUCAAACAUACAUACAUACAUUCAUUCACUUGCAUUUAUUUGAAAUACGAUUGCCAUGGAGAAUAUUGAUGAACUUUCAGCAGUACCAAGAGAGCUUGAAGAAGCAUUGAAGAACAACAGCUUGACCACAGCUGCAGGCAAGAUUCAAGAUUAUUUGAAGGAGAUUAAUAAUGUGGAGCUGAAUAUUGCUGUCACAGGAGAGACAGGAUCCGGUAAAUCUACCUUUGUCAAUGCAUUCAUAGGCAUGAAGAAUAAUGAAGAAGGAGCUGCUCUAACUGGUGUGGUGGAAACCACCAUGGAGGCAAAGGCUUACCCCCACCCAAAAUACCCAAAUUUGAAAGUUUGGGAUCUCCCUGGUAUUGGCACCACUAACUUCAAACCAGAAGAGUACCUUCAGAAAGUUGAAUUCGAUCGCUUUGAUUUCUUCAUCAUAGUCUCAUCAGAGCGAUUCAGAGCCAAUGACAUUACUCUGGCCAAGGAGAUCCAGAAGAUGAAGAAGAAGUUCUACUUUGUUCGCUCCAAGAUAGACAACGACAUGAGGGCUGAGGGGAGAAAAGAGAAGUUUGACCAGGAUAAGACACUGGAAACAAUCAAACAAUACUGCAUCAAAGGGCUUGAGGAUCAGGGUCUGGGCUCUCCUAAGGUCUUUCUCAUCUCCAGUUUUGACCUUGGUCACUACGAUUUCCAUGACUUUGAGGAGACAAUAGAGAAAGAGCUUCCUGACCACAAGAGGCAUGUACUACUGUUGUCCAUCCCUAAUAUAACCCUGCAAAUCAACCAGAGGAAGAAGGAGGCUUUCAAAGCCAACAUAUGGAGACUAGCUUUUGUAUCUGGCUUUGUGGCAGCAAUACCUAUCCCAGGCCUUUCCUUUGCUGUAGAUGUAAGCAUCUUGGUAAUUGAGAUCAAGAAGUACUAUAAUGCUUUUGGUCUUGAUGAUGAGUCCCUGCAGAGGCUAGCUAACAGAAUGAAUGUGCCAGUGGAGGAGCUGAAAGCAGUCCUCAAGUCACCUCUGAACAAAGAAAUAAACAAAGAUGUGGUUGUCAAGUUGCUUCAAAGUGCAGUUCUCGCAGGGGUAACGGUGGUUGAGUACCUGUUCAGUAACAUUCCUAUUGUCGGCAGCUUAGCUGCCGCAGGGAUUUCCUUUGGUACAACCGACUACAUGUUGAGGAAGUGUCUGAAUGAGCUGGCUGAUGAUGCACACAAUGUUCUGAUGAAGGCACUGGCCAAUGAGUGAGAUAAUGUUCAAUAUUGAAUUGCAAGCUAGAUCUGUGUUUGCGUUCUUUCUUGAAUAUUGUCUUCAAACAAGGAAAUGCUGAUAAGUAGAUCAUUAAAUUAUGCUACUUGAAAAUAAAUGUUCAAAUGUAAUUGAUCAAUGGGACAGUAAGGUCACAAUAGUUUUAAUAUUGGUUAGCACAAUAUAACCUUACUGCAUUAGAUGGGAAAUUCAUAUUGGGAUCUACAGCUUUUUACUCAUAGUAAAUUUACUCUGAAAAUAUAUAUUCACAGAAAAGACACUUGCUUUUACAAUUUAACUCCAGUAUAAUCUAAUCCUAGCCUUUUGAGAACCAAAUUGGAUGUGCUUUGAAACAAUUGCAUGAUAUUUGAACAUGACUCCCUCUAGAAAGUGGAUUUGAAAAUAAUCCUAGUUUAGAAUGAACCAGUGUUAAUUGUCUAUAUAUAAAUUGUGGUUUUACCCAAGAUUACUCAUUCAGUACAUAUGUUCUACAUGAGAACACAUGAUUGACCAGUUUCCUGUGUUCUCUUCUGAAUCACAUUCAUCUUUAUCUAAAACCGUCACUCUUUACUUUCCCAUAUUAACUAGUGCAAUAUUGCAGUUCAUGAGCAGACCGCCAGAUUGUACUAUUUAGCUGGACAACAGUUUUAGUAUUGGUCAUGCAAGGCAGUAGAUGGUAAUGAAAGGAAUACCUAGUCAGUUGUACAACUGAAAUGUGUCUUCCGCAUUUAGCCCAACCCCUCUGAAUCAGUAGAUGUAAACUAUAAAUAAAACACGAGGUUCAGUAAUGCACAUGACAUAUUAUAGAUCUGUGUACUCUAAAUAGAGGGUUUUAUGAGCCUUACAGCAGUUAGUGGCACUGACAGAACCUUAUCAAGUACAAAAACGUCUCUCGAUCUAUAACAUCCCACUCAAUGAACAAUAGUUACACUUACUGGAUGAUGUCACUCCACUGUUUAAUUAUUACCUUCAGUCCUUUCUGGGUUGGUUUUUAUUAUCUAUUUACUUUUCAAAACUUAAACCCUACAUAUUAAUAAAUGACAUUGAAGGCUUUUGUCUCUCCAAAGGUAGAUUUGACUAUACGAUCAUAUUCACUUCUCCUGCUGUAAACCUCUCCCACACCCUGUAGGUGCUUUACGAGAGGGUACACUCCACCACUGGAAAGAAGCUGUCGGAGCUCAAAGUGCACGGUAUGCUAAGUGAGACAACGUGUCCCAAUGCUUGGCACUGUGGGAAUGUCUUCACUACUACCUACUGACCUCCGCACUUAACAGCCUGAGUCAGGGCGUAGCACUUGAGACACCUGUCACUGAGUAGACCGAUGGUCAGUUAUUUAAAAUAUUUUACCACUCACUAAAAAUACAUGCAAAAGGGUUGAUCAGACAUCUGUUUUUUUAUAUUUUGUGUAAUGAAAUAAAUGCAGUGACAUUUACUGCUUUCGGGGUUACUUUACACCAGUCAAUUAAAUCAUUGUUAUUAUGAUGUA